AUGAGAGAGAAGGGGAAAAGUGCCUUCGGUUGCAGAAAGCGCCGGAUUCACCCGGCUCCCCUUCUCUCUUUUUCUGCCUGCCAGCUGCGGAAGGAAUGCCCCCUGGCUCAGCUGAUGGACUGCGAGACGGACAUGGUGAAACAGAUCCGGGCCCUGGACAGCGACAUGCAGACCCUGGUGUAUGAGAAUUACAACAAGUUCAUCUCAGCGACAGACACCAUCCGCAAGAUGAAGAACGACUUCAAGAAGAUGGAGGACGAGAUGGACUGCCUGGCGGCGAACAUGGCCGUGAUCACAGAGUUCAGCGCCAGCAUCAGUAGCACCUUACAGGACCAGCACGAGCAGAUCACCAAGUUGUCAGGGGUCCACUCCCUCUUGCGCAAGCUGCAGUUCCUUUUCGAGCUCCCGGCCCGUCUGACCAAGUGCGUCGAGCUGGAGGCCUACGGGCAAGCCGUCCGGUACUACAGCAAAGCCCGCUCCAUCUUGCACCAGUACCAGCACAUGCCUUCCUUCCGGGGCAUCCAGGACGACUGCCAGAAGAUCAUGGCCGACCUGGCUCAGAAGCUGCGGGAGAAAUUUAGGGAUGGCGGUUCUGGGGCCAAGGACCUGGCGGAGUGUGUCGAGCUGCUCCUGCAGCUGAACGAGCCGGCGGAGGAGCUGUGCGACGAGUUCCUCGCUCACGCCCGCUGCCGCCUAGAGGCUGAGUUGCAAGCCCUGGAGGCCGAGCUGGGCGAGGGGCCACUGCCGGGCCCACCCCGUCCCAUCACGGACAUCCUGGAAUUCACCGACCGGGGUUGCAACAGCUUCGUCAGCAACCUGUGCCUGGUGAUUGCUUCCUACCAGGAGCUUUUCAUCAGCCGGGAGGACGCCCAGGGCAUCGCAGCCAUGGCCGAAGAGAAGCUGGUGGCCUCCGUCGACAGCCUGAUGGAGCGCUACUUCGCCCUGGUGGAGCGACGCAUCCAGCUGGAGAAGGGCGUGGGGGACAACUCGCUGCUGGUGCGGGCGCUGGACCGCUUCCACCGCCGCCUGCAGGCCUUGGCCAAGCUCCUGCCCGCCUCCCGCGCGGCGGCCGAAGGCACGGAGAUCGUGGUGCGGGCGGCCAAGGAGCGCCUCCGCCAGUACCUCCAGGCCCUGCAGAGCUUCUACGUGGACUGUCUGACGGACGUGCGGCAGUCCUUGGCCACCCCUCACCUCGUGGGCAAAGACAGCCCGAACCUGGCGGAGUUGCUGGGCACCAUCUCCGCCUCCGUCCUCAACCAGAUCAAAGCCGUCCUCUCCUACAUCCACCUCUUCACCGCCAAGGACAUCACUUUCUCCAACAAGCCGUAUUUCAAGGGUGAAUUCUGCAGCCAAGGCGUUCGGGAAGGCCUGAUUGUCAGCUUCAUCAAGUCCAUUUGCCAGACGGCCCGCCAGUUCUGCGAGAGCGCCAGCGACAAGGGGGGCUCCACCCCUCCCGCCCUCCUGCUGCUCCUCUCUCGGCUCUGCCUGGAUUACGAGACCUCCACCAUCAGCUACAUCCUCACGCUGACCGAUGAGCAAUUCCUGGUCCAGGACCAUUCUCCGGUCACCCCUGUCACGGUACUUUGCACCGAGGCCCGGGAAGCGGCUCAGAAAUUGCUGAACCAUUACGUGAAGGUCCAGGGCUUGAUCAUCUCCCAGAUGCUGCGGAAGAGCGUGGAGACGCGCGGCUGGAUUACCACCAUUGAGCCUCGGAACGUCCGCGCCGUCAUGAAGCGCGUGGUGGAGGACGCCACUUCAAUCGAUGUCCAGGUGGGGCUUCUGUACGAAGAAGGCGUGCGCAAGGCGCAGAGCAGCGACUCCAGCAAAAGGACCUUUUCCGUUUACAGCAGUUCCCGCCAGCAAAGCCGCUACGCCCCGAGCUACACGCCCAGGUGAGCGGCUGAAGAGGCCCUCCUGGCUCCUCUGGGCUUGGCUUGCAAGUGGAGGGAGGUUUCCGUUCUGACCGGCAUCAUCAAGAUCAGCCUGAAGACGUUUCUGGAGUGCGUCCGCCUGCGGACGUUCGGGCGCUUCGGCCUGCAACAGAUCCAGGUGGACUGUUACUACCUCCAGCUGUACCUCUGGCGCUUCGUUUCGGACGAGAACCUGGUGCACUUCCUGCUGGACGAGAUUGUGGGCAGCACCGCCCACCGGUGCCUCGACCCUGUGCCCAUGGAGCAGAGCGUCAUUGAAGUCAUCUGCGAACGGGGAUAAGAGGACGGGAAGAGGGUGGGUGACCCAGAAGGUCGCAUGGAAGGGGGAGCCCCCCACGCAUGCACUCUCGCCAGCUGUACGUCAAUAGCACUGACCUCAUUGGUGAAAAAAGGGGAGAUUUCGGGAUUGAGGGGGGAGCACUUGUCAAAGCCACGGCCAGAAACCGUGAUGAUUGGAUUGUAAUAAAUGAAGAUAAAUUU